GUUUGUUUUCUACAAACAGUGUUUUCAUGAAUAGAACUGACACAAAGGGGGUACUCCACAAGAGGUUUAUGCAAGAUUCUGUGGCCUGGUUACUCUGAUGUUGGACACAUCCUAGAAUAUCUUCAGCCUAACUGGGAAACAGUAGGAACAUUGUUGGGUCUGCUAUCCAGGUCCACAGCAUGGUGAGAUACUACCUUUGUUUUCAACAUGAGGUUACUAUUUGGAAGCUGGAGUAGAACAUCGUUUUCUGUAAUGCCGGGCCCGAUAUCUUGAGAGGGAAGAGAAGGAGAAAGCAGCUACUCUGGUGCCAACGCGAACUGCAGGGGAAAGUUUAAAAGACGGAUUUUAUUUCCCCUCUGUGGGACCUGUGCACAUUGACUAAGAGGAGAUACUAUCUCACAGAUUUGGAGCUUUAUCUCUCGCUCCUAACCUCUGUAUUUGCACUUUGAACUGGUAGCAAAAAUGAGCGAGUUCUGGUUGUGUUUCAACUGCUGUAUUGCAGAACAGCCUCAGCCCAAAAGACGGCGGCGAAUCGAUCGGAGUAUGAUUGGUGAGCCAACAAACUUUGUUCACACAGCUCAUGUAGGUUCAGGAGAUCUCUUUAGUGGAAUGAAUUCGGUGAGUUCAAUUCAGAACCAAAUGCAGUCCAAAGGAGGCUAUGGAGGAGGAAUGUCUGCAAAUGUUCAAAUGCAGCUUGUAGAUACAAAGGCGGGAUAACCGUGGGACAUACUUUGAAUCCUUGUGAAUAUCUGUACCUUCUUUCCUGUGUUCCUCUAUGCCUUGGUGACUGCUUCCUGUGCUCAUGAGAGAAGUUGAUGGUUCAUCACCCACCCCUUGUGAUUACGCCGUUGAAACAUUCCUUUUCUGCUGUGUGGGUGACAUUUAUCAGACUGGUCUUGUCAUGCUUUUCAAGUGGCAAGCUUACAUCUCACUGCUACCAAAACAUCUGUGGACAUGUAUUGGUUGGUUGAGUUGUUCUUUGAGGGACAUUUUUAGUCUAUUCUCGGCAUUUUAAAACAACAUUUUUAAGCGAUCUAAACAUGUAGUUUGGUGUUGGGUUGACCUCUUUAAAGGCCUCGUUUACGGCAUUCUCAUCGGGGGUUUUUUUUUAAUCCUUAUUUCCUUUUCUGUGAUUAGAAGCAAGCAAGUUCCUAUUAAUAUGUUGAACCUGUCAUUGUUAAUAUAAUUUUAUUAUUUUUUAGGGAAAAGGUCUGGGACCUGCAAGCACAACGAUCAUUUCACACAGUCAGAAAUCAGCAGAGUAUAUGAGCGCAUGCUUUGUGAAUUUGCUUGGUAUGGUGGCCUGUUGGGUGCCAAAAACAUUUUUUUUUAAUGCUUGUUCUUGCAGAUGGAUGAUAUUAUUGCUGAUUAAAAAGUUUUGCAAUGGCACCAGAUCAUGCUAAUCUCUCUGGGGGAAAAGGUCUUGUAUCUUUUAGCUGCUUUGGAAAGACAUCGUCUUAGGUUUUGAUCCAGCUGAUCUUGAAAUAAUAAAGAGAGCUUGCGUUCAUAAGGCAUUUUGUUGUAAAUGUUCAGUAUAUUUAUUUGAAAGAGCUGACCUCAAGAUUGUAACCCGGUGUAGUAACGUACAUACUAAAUGUUGUGGUUGCGCUUUUGUCUGGUUAAAGAGGCAUUGUUAUGUUGGCUGCUUUUUUCUUUUCUCUCUCCCCCCACUUUUUUUUUUUAAAAAAGCUUAAUUUUAGGCCAUUCCGGCAUUGCCAGUAGCAGCAUGUUGAACUGCCUGCAAUAUUAUAGCUGGAAUUUAGUUGACCUCUCUAAGUAGUUGGCAGUUUCUGCGUACUAAAUAUUUAGGGGCCAUGUAAGUUGCUGAAAGCAACAUAGUAACCUGGCAGAAACUGGUGCCAGCGAAAACAACAUACAGGGUGGCUUUUUGCUAUAUUGGUCAAGAAGCCUUUUGCUCAGGUUCCAAAGCAUGUUCCUCUUUCACAAAGUGUGAAAAUUGUGUUUUUUAAUAUUGCACUGUUCUUGAAAUAUUUCUGUAAGUGGUCCUCUUUUCUUUUUUCUUUUCUUUUCUUUUUUCAUCUUCCCUACCCUCAUGCCCCCUUGGUCAUAAGAAGCUGAAGUCAGUUGAUUAAACACUAGCAAAAUAUUUUUUUUUAAACCACAUUUAGAAUGCUCCUCAUACAUUUUUAACAUCUUAACUGGCAAGUGGCAUUACUGAGCCUAAUUGGAAAAGUUCUUGAAAGUGACAAGCACAGAUAGACACAACGCAAAAGAGAGCGAGAGAGCAAGAAAAGAGAAUUUGCGGCAUAAAAUCCAUUCAUUUCCACAUGGUUCAUGCAGAAACGUCAUGAAACUAGCAUUGCUUUGUAGUUAAUGCCGAAAUAUUUCUCUCUGCUCCCACUGAUAAUUUGUAAUGGGAAGACACUAGAAUGAAAGGUAAUCCAAAAACAGUUUUUUUAAAAAAAAAAUCCUGGUACUGCUGAAAGUAUUAAUAUUUUUCAAAAGCUAAUAAAACAACAUCAAUUGGAUAAUGAUCCAAGACCACUGUUGAAGGCCCAAUCUACCAAGGAAGUCAUAUGUCUAAACAUCUCUGAAAUGAGUAGAAGCAGUGCCUGAGCACAUCUGUGCAAGAUAUUGCUCCACAUUCAUUUCAAUGAGCUAAGUCCAGAAGAUGUUCCUGUUGCAUUGAUCCCAUAGACUUCUGAGGACAGCAAGGCUAUUCAGGACCGUAAUACAAUUUUGUGGGGCAAAGAUCCAAUUUAGAUGUCCCAUCAAAUCUUCACUGACUGGAGGUGCUGAUUUAUGAGGUUGCACCUCUCUUUGGCUGUUUGGGUCAAAUAAAUGGCAACUUAAUGAUAGUUAUCUUAGUUCAGUUGUGUACAUUCUCAAAAAAUGCUCUUCAAAAUAUAGGAUUUCAGAAUUAUUUUCACUUUUGUCCUUGCUGACGGAAAAUAAAAUUUUUGGAGCAUUUGUUUUGUCUGGGGGAAAAGUAAUAAUCUUCAGCUCAGUCGCCAGAAAAGAGAGACAUAUUUUUAUAACAAACAUACUUUUUUUUGUACAUUAUGUUCAUUCUUAAAUAAUGUAAGUUCAAUGUUGUCUUGUAGAUAUUAAAAGGAGAAUAUUGACUUUUGAUUCAAUAAAUGUUUUCUUUCA